AGGGGGGGUCUGGGAAUAUCCAACAAAAUUCUGAACCCAUGCUGAAUUGACGCAGAAACGAAAGAAAGAUGUGUGGAGUGAAAUGCAUAACUUUUGCACUGUGGAUUAAUAUUCUCAGUGUAAUAACAGACAAAAAUGAUUUUAAAGUAGAAUUAACUCCACGAAUGCCAGUAAAUCAUGUUGGUGCGGAUUUGGAGCUGACUUGUCGCGUGAAUGCUUGUCCAGUUAAUGUGACCUUCCAGUGGAGAGUGUUACUGGACAACUUUCACGGCGGAAUAUCUAAAAAUGAGCAGACUGUUUCCCGCCUGCUGAUCAGGAAUAUCACAGUUAAACACAAUAUUGCCCUCGUGUGUAAAGCUACUUGUGAGGGAAACUCCAGAGAGAAUACGUCAUAUAUAAAAGUGUUCUCAUUUCCACAAGAUCCUGUACUGGGCAAAAUAAAGAGUUUGAUAGCAAACCAAACACAGACGCUCAACUGCACAGUCCACAACGUUUACCCUGUGGAAAGGAUAAAAAUUGAGUGGCUUCGUGGAGAUGAGACACUCCAUGUGGAUGACACAGGAUUUCCUUCCGAUAGUGUUCAGAGUUAUUCCUCUGUGUUCAAUUAUACGCCAUCUGUCUGGGAUCUCGGCAAGAAUAUUAGUUGCAAGGCAACACUGAAUAUCACUGAAAUUGGAUUGGAAAAAACUCGUAAUUCGAAUGCUGAAUAUGGUCCAGGGACUAUUACACUUUCCAAUAAUAAUCAUUCAGUAAAGCUUGGUGAACAUUUGGAGAUAACAUGUCAUGCAGAUGGAAAUCCCAAACCAACAAUCUUGUGGUGGAAAGAGGAGACUGAACCUGCACAGAACAAGAGCCAGAAUGAGAAGCUCAUAAUAAAUAACGCCUCCUGGUCUCAGGCAGGCUGGUACCGCUGUGAUGCACGCAAUGCAGUGGGAAGCCAGCAAAUGAGGGUAAAAGUCAUUGUUCUAGGUCCUCCAAACAUCCCCAAAAUCCAGCUAAGCCACACAGGAGACCCAAAAGAAGGAGAGAACAUAACCAUACUGUGUUCUUCAGACGAUGGGUCCGCAGGACUCACUCUGUAUAGACAGUCUCAGAGCGCUGUGUCGAGAGCUUUGAACGAAUCAGCUGUGCUUUUAAACAUCCCAUCAGUCCAAAUAACAGACGGAGGGAUUUACAUUUGUGAAGCAAAAAAUGGCGUCGGCACUGAGAGAAGCACAAUCAACAUUACAGUCGAAGCACAAGUCAAGUUGGUGAAAAAGCCAGACCUGCCCGUAGCCAUACUGCCCGUAGCCAUACUGCCCGCUGUAGGGUCGGUGUCACUGCUGACUAUCGCUGGGCUGCUGAUCCGAUACUGCAGAAAUAAAGCCAGGACAAACUCCGGUGACAUCACACUCAGCUGAACAGAUGAAGAGCACAUCACCAAAAUGAAAGGAACAUUCACCUGGACAUUAUCUAUACUGUAAAUAUCUCAUGGACGGGUGAAUAUGAAGCUGGUCUGUGUACUUAUUUAGUAUGACUAACUGUUAUUUUCUAAUAAGAUGGAUAUUUGAUAGACAAUCUCUAAAUACA